AUGACUCCAUCGCGAAACCCUCUUAACACAAAGGAGGCAAAAGAUCAACGUAAAACACUUACAAAUGGUAUCGAAACAAAGUUGGCCAUACAAAUCUCAGAAGAGAAACUUCAAAGACAUCCAAUCAAAUACAAAGCUCAUCUUGACUUCCUUUUGCAUAGAAUUGAAGAACUCAAUUACAGAAUGAAAGACAUUGGAUACACAGAUGGAAUUGUUGAUGUUGAUCAACUUCGUGAAGAAAUAUUUAGUCCAGAUUCGCAAAAAAAGAACGAAGAGGAAGAUGAGGAAGAACAAAAUAGAGAAAUAAAUGAAGAACAUACAGAAGAAAAUAUUGAUCAAUCUAAUGAAGAUUCUCAAGAAGAGAAUGAAAAUAAACAAGAAGAUUUAUCGCCGAAAGAAAAAGAAGAAGGAGGAGAUGAGCACAAUGACAAAGAGUCAGUAGAAGAAUCUACAAAUCCACUGCAAAGUCACAAUCCAGAUUCAAAACCAGAGAAAUAA